AUGAAGCUAUCCACCUCUCAGGAUGGGGCUGCUCCCGUCGUGACAGCGGCCCCCGACGACUUCCUGACCUACACGAAUGCCAACGCUCUCUAUGACAGCCACGAGAUCCGUGAGUAUCCGAGAAAUGCCCUCGACGGUAUUUUCGACUCGCUCUUGCACCUGCGCCAAUCUAGCUGUAAGGACGGCCAAGCGCCGUGUGGCACUGGCUGCAUGCCCGAAAACGCAGAGUGCUGUAAUGGCAAAUCAUACUGCGACGAGGGCACCGAAUGCAUGGGAACGCGUUGUAGGGCGACCUCAAGCUCCAAGACGACCAGCACCACCUCUUCCAAGACUUCUUCAUCAGCCAAGCCUACCUCGAGCUCGACGACCUCGUCUUCCUCCAAGCCCACAUCGACCAGCACUACGUCGUCAAAGCCGACUUCGAGUUCAACAACCUCAAGCAAAUCAUCAAGCACUAGCUCGAAAGAUACCUCGUCCUCCUCCUCAUCUUCCAAAGAGGAGAGCUCCACCACUAGCUCUACCUCAUCUGAAGAGUCGACCACCGCAUCGUCAACAGACAGCACCACUGCAUCGACAACGACCGAUGGCGACAGCUCAACCACGCUAUCGGAUUCCAUCGCCCAGAUCAUCCGGACUGCUGUGCCCUCUGCGGCCCAGACCGACCCGGAGUCUGCCUGCUUCCUCGCCACCCAAUACACAUCCUACUACACCACUCCGGACUGGUACAAGUCCAUGCCGAGCAACGCCCAGAGCUACUACUCAUCCUCUGCCAACAUCCAGGCCUCCAGAACCUCCUUCUGCACCGCCACGGCCCUCGCAGGCUCCGACGGCAGCAACAGCAGCGACAGCAGCAAGUCGGGCGGCGCGGCCCCGGGCACCAUCGCCGGCGCCAUCGUCGGCUCGCUCGUCGGUCUCGCCCUGCUCGCCGUCCUCAUCUUCUGGCUCAUCAGGUCCGGUAAGAUCAAGAGCCCCUUUGCCCGGGACCCGAGCGCCGAGGAGGACCCCGUCAUGGCCUUCCGCGGACCGCUCGACGGGGCCGGCGGCGGCUCCUCAGCCCCCAUGCAGCAGUCCGCCUACAUGCCACUCGUUGCCGCCCCCGUCGCCGCAGCCGUGCCCGCCGCCAGCCGUCAGGUAUCUCAGUCCUACCGGAGCGUCUCGCCCGAGAGCUUCGUGAGGUCGAGCCAGCAGGGCCCCAUGAACUUCCCCGUCCCCCCUUCGCUGGCUGCCGCCGGCGGUGUUCCCUACCAGAAGCGCAUGAGCAGCUACGACACGAGCAGCAGCGACAGGCAGUACCAGCCAUGGCCGGGCAACACGCCGACGGCCUCCAUGUCAGGGGACACUCUGAACAGGGGCUCUGUAGCCAGCCAGUCCGUCUUCAACCCGCCCGCUGCAUACGGCUCCGCAUACGGCGCCGCCUACCUUCCAAAGGACCCCGAGCCUGAGCCUGAAGUCAUCCCCAGCCAGUCACCCGAGCCGGCAGACGAGAUCCCACCACCAUCUCCGCCGCCCGUUGUGGCCGCAGUGGCACCCCAGCUACCGGCCCUGCAACUACCGUCAGAUUCAGCCGCUGAGGUACCGCCGCCGCCAGGGCCGCCGCCCGCAUCUGCGGAGAGGGUGCACGAGAUGGAGGCUGCCCAGCCUGCCAGUCCACCACCCGCGGUUACUAGAAAGGCAGUUCCCAGCCCGGCCCCGAGGCUGGAUUAG